AUAGAAUAGUACCUUUUUCAUUUUCAAUAUAUGUUAAUAUUUAUGAACCAAAGCUUAAUGGAUAUCAUGAAAUUUUAAUAACUAUCAAAUGUACUCAAAACAUUUUUCUCGACUUAAAUUUUACUAUAAAAUGUACUAAGUAGUUCAGUAUUUAAAUGUUAUUGUUUAUAUAAUAGUCAUAAUCAAUUAAAAUAUUGCAUCCUCAAGAUAGUUUGUAAAAAUAAUUUUUAUAAUGAACAAGAGAAAAUUGAAAUUGGAUAUGACUCAGUCUUCUGAAAAAGACUCAAUUGGAAUUGAACUGUAUAGACAUAAUAUUAAUGACCAAUUAAUUAAUAUAAACCAAGAUAAUUCUGAUCAGAUAUGGCAGGAAUGUUAUGAUGAAGUAUCUGGUUUUAUAUAUUAUUGGAAUAUGAAAACAAAUAAAGUAACUUGGGAAAAACCAGAACAUUACACCGCUCAUUGUGGUGUAAAUGAAGGGAUUUUAUCAAAAAAUGAUGAAUUAAUUACUAGAAAGCGAUUAUCUAGCGAUGAAAUUUCUUCUCUUAAUAUUAUUAACUCAAAAAAGUCUAAAACUGAAUCUAAAACAAUUAGUGCAUUAGUUGCAUAUGGAAGUGAUACUAGUGAUGAUGAUGAUGGUGAUGAUAAAGAUGACGAAGUACAAAAAUCAUCAAUAUUAGAGAGAUUACAGCAGGAAGCAGAAAUGUUCAAACAAAAUGAAAUAAAAAAUAAUUCCAUUAACGAAUCUAAAAAUAAGACUGAAUCACACAAUACUACUGAUAUAUUACAUGUUAUUGAAAAAGAAGUACCUCCUGAUUAUUUGAAUGAUAAAGCUGAUACACUAGAUCCAUCUAAAAAGAAUUCACCUAGUGAUAUAUUUGAAAUUUUAAAAAGUGAAGUUCCUCCAGAUUAUAAAGAAAAGGUCUUAAGUUCUGAGAAUAAAUCUAUUUCAAUAGAUUCAGAAUUAACUAAUAUACAGACAAAUAAUAUUUUAAAUCCUAUUUCUAACUUAAAUGAUGAAUCAAUACUAGUUUCACAAAACAUUGAAAAUAAAAAUUCACAAAAUCCAUUGAAUUUAAUUGCAAAUUAUGGCGAGGAUAAUGAAAUAGCUAAUAAUGAAUUUGAUGAGCAAAAGUUAAUAUAUACACAUGAUCCUUGUGCUAAUAGCAAAAUUGGUUUUGGCUACAAGUUAUCAUCUAAGAAUAAAAAUACAGGUUCUAUAAAUUUUGUCAAAGGAGAAACUAUGAAUUCACAAAGUGAAGUUUUGAGUACAGUUAUUCAAAGUCCUGCAAAAUCAACAGAGAGCAGUGAUGUCAAUGAUACAAAUAAUGAAAAAAACCAAGUUCAAGAAUUAUCAAUGCUCAUUUCAGCAAAGCUACAUUUUUUAUCUGAUUGUGAAAGUAAUACAAAUUUAUCAUCAGUUCAAAUUAUGACCAUUAAAAUUGAUACUUUAAUGGAAGCAUGGAAAGAAAAUUCAUUAAAAGAUGAAUACUUUUCAAAAUGGCUUGAUGAAAUGGCAAUAGAGUUAAAUACUUUAGAGAAGUCUGUUGCCCCAGCUGGCUGGAAUUGUCAAUGGGACAAACUUAACACUCGGUAUUUCUAUCAAAAUAUUUCAAAUGGUCAUACACAGUGGCAUUAUCCAAUUGAAGAAUCUGAAUCUAUUGAGACAUCUCCUAAAGAUACUGAAGUUCACACCCCUUCUCCACUAAAUAUUUCAGAACAUGAUAGUCAUCCUGAACCUGAAGAUAUGGAUAUUGAAGAUGAUGGUCAUAAAGAGGGUACUGAGAUUAUUGUUCCCCCUGUACCUGGUGAUGAAUUAUCAUUUGAAUUAAAUUCAUUUUAUGCGGAUAUUGCGCAGUUUGAAUCAAAUUCUACUGGACAGAUUGAGACCAUGGUUGCUGUUCAAAGUCCUAGCAUUGAGCAAUCUCCAUGUUUGAAAAUCAUAUCUGAUUCAGACAAAAAAUUAGAAGAAAAAGAAAUUGUUGUCAAACCAAAAAAAAAGAAAAAGGUUGGAAAAUUAGAUAUGGGCUUGGGAUUAAAACACAAACACGUAUCAUCAUUGGUUGAAAAAUGGCAACAGAUUCAAAAUGAAAUCAAGUGAACAGUUUUAGUGUUGCUCUUCAACUAUUAAAUAGGAAAAUAAUUAAAAUGUUAACUAAUUUUGUAAAUUUUGUAAUAUAUUUUUAGUAUAAUAAAUUAAUAAAUUAUGUUUUUUCCAUAUUUAA